AUGCCAUCUGACAGACCAGCUGACUGGUUUUGUUUGUUGACUACUGUGUCCCUCGUUUUUCCGUGCAUCUAUAUAGGCAAAGGAUCCGGCAAUAUGGCCUAUCACUUCCUUACACAAGUCCUUGCUGCGCUGUUGACCUCCUGGCUAGCAGAAGUCCAGGCAGUGGCAGACGUGACGGCCCCGGCAGGCCGAGUGGUCGGGCUGGAGCUGGACGUGCUCGGGACGACAGUUCACGCCUUCCUGGGAGUCCCGUUCGCGCGGCCGCCGGUCGGACCACGGCGGUUCCGACGGGCCGAACCCAUGGAACCGUGGGGAGGGACAUACAACGCAACAAGGAAGCCAAGUGCCUGCAUCCAAGACCUUGCCUUCUACGGAAGACCAGGAAGCAUCUACAACACCUGGACACCGAACGGACCGAUCAGCGAGGACUGUCUGUACCUGAACGUGUGGCGGCCCACACCCGUCCCCACCCGAGCAGCCGUGCUGGUCUGGAUCUACGGAGGGAGUUUCCAAGUCGGUUCUUCGACGGUUGACCUCUACGACGGGAAGUACCUCGCAGCCGCGGAGGGAGUCGUGGUGGUGACCGUGAACUACCGAGUCAGCACGCUGGGGUUCCUGUACACUCCGUCAGGGGGCGCUCCGGGAAACAUGGGGCUCACGGACCAGGCCAUGGCUCUCACGUGGGUGAAGGAAAACAUCGCGUCAUUCGGUGGUGACCCGAACUUGGUGACGCUUGUUGGUGAAAGCGCCGGCGGGGUGAGUGUCGGGUACCUCCAGAUGUCGCCGGGCACCAGAGACCUCUUCAGCCGCGGCAUCGUACAGAGCGGAUCCGUGGUGAUGCCGUGGGGGCGCGACUCAGCGGCCGUCGCCUACAACAAGACGGUACGCUUUGCGGAAAGCGUACGCGUCGGAUGCCGGGAGUGGACGCGAUCCUCGAGCAAGGGAGCGGACGCGAUCCUCGAUUGUCUCAGAGACAAGGACGCGGGGCAGCUCGUGGAUACAUCCGUGCUGAGAGACACAUCAUUCUUCCCCGUCGUCGACGGGAGCUUCCUCGUGGAACGUCCCGAAGAUGCCCUCGCGGGCGGCAACUUCAAGAAGAUGGACCUUCUGAUCGGCUCUAACACGAACGAGCCAACUUUAUUUUUCAUCGAGGAUCUUCCUGGAUUUAGCAGCAACGCUGACGGCAUCAUCACCAAGGAACAGUUCAUCAGUGGACUCAAAUUCUACAUCCCAUGGUUAAACGAGUUUGCAGUGGAUGCACUUGUCUACCAGUAUACUGCGUGGCUACACCACGAAGAGGCAAGCAUGUACAGGGACGCAUUCGACCUUCUCUACGGAGACUUCUUCGCAUUUUGCCCCGAUGUGACCGCUGCGCUUGCUCACGUAAAGCAGGGUUCGGCGACGUACAUGUACCAGUUCGCCCACCGGCCCUCCAACUCAGUGUGGCCUGACUGGGCGGGAGUGGUCCACGGUGCAGAGAUGGCGUUCGUCUUCGGCUGGCCCCUGGAUGCAGCCUUGGGGUACACCCUGGACGAGAUUCAGCUGUCUCGUAGGAUCAUGCGUCACUGGGCGAACUUCGCCAGAACGGGUAACCCAAACAACAACAAUGAGGUCACGUGGCGCGCCUUUGACCUGGUCGACGGGGGCUACACGGUGUUGGACGCGCAUGCGCCCCGGAUGAAGACGGGCCCGAGGUUCGCCGCCUGUGCAUUCUGGGAGAAUUAUGUCAAGCCGCUCACUGCGAAGACGGAUGCCCUGAUGACGAGUCAGUCCUGUGAUCCCGCCACUUCAGACGCGCAGGUCCGUGCUGACAGCAAGGCUAAAUUCUGGCUGCUGUAUCUGAUCCUUUCUUCUCUUUCUUUUCUGUACUAUUUCGCUCUGCAUCACUAGUUCCUUCCAAUGUUAGAAGUAAACCUGUCGAAAACCUCCAGAUGUUAACAUGAAAGUUCAUCUGAGUUAGUUAGCUACAUAAUGAGAACUAAAACUGUUCUCCAGCUCAACUAAUUAGGCUCACGGUCUUCAUCAGCUAUCUGGCCAAAAUGCCAAAUUUUCCCACGCGUGUGACGUCAGCGAUGGGUCAAAGUUCGUCGGAAGUCGGUACCGCCCCCCUCCCCGGUCCCGGUUGAGAGAAGGUUGGUGUGACCAGAUGUAGAUGGACGCCUUCACUCCUCUCACAAAGUAAAAAUCUCCAGAUGUUAUUUGGUUGUGGCUGCGCCGCACAACACUUACAUGGCCGUAUCAUGUACACGCGGUAGAAACAAGGUUUUCAUACAUUUUAUUCGUCUGACUACAAUUCAGACAGCAAUACGAGUGGACGCAUUUUAUACAUUUCCACACGCGCCAGCACACACGUUAAUUGAUACGAGAACGUAUUUUAGUAUGUACAUAUUGUGUACAUGUACACACAUUAUUACCAGCUAUACUAAUCCCCGAGCAUAUAUACCUGAUUAAGAAUCGUCUGCUGUUAAUGUAUACUUCAUACGA